UGGUGUCACGGCAGCGCAGCAGGGGCGUCAUAGCGAUGUUUGGGAAUGUUUUCCCUUGGCAUUGUCAGUUGGUCACUUCCUUUCGGCUGGCUGGCUGGCAGGUCAGUCUAGCUGCUGAGGUAGAUGGCUUCGACUGAAAAACUUACUCAAACUGAGAAAAAAUAAUUUGAAAUGGAGCCUUCCUCAUCAGAAGCUUCAUGUGGUUCUGACCUGGACGAGGGAGUUGAUUCGUCAGACUCGACUUCUCGCUGUCCACUGUGUGACAAAAGCGCAACUAGUGAUGCUGCCUUUGGAUGUCCAGUACAAGAAAGGUCUUUACAAGCUUUGACCAAGCAACCCCGGUCAAAAAGAGAGUGUCUGAAUUCAUCUGAGGAGAGCUCUGGCAAAGGCGAUGCCUCUACAAGCUUCCACUUUCUGAAGAAGCUCUGGCACGUUGUUGAAAGCGGCCGCUUUGAGUCCAUUUGGUGGGGGGACAACGGAGAGUGUGUAGCGAUUCGUGAAGAAUUGUUUGAAAAGGAAGUACUAGCAAGGAGAGGAUGUUGGAGACUUUUUGAAAGCAAGAGCAUGGAAAGCUUCACUCAUUGCCUCCAGCUGCACGGAUUCACCAGAAAGCUGUGGGAUUUUCCAAAACUGGGCUCGUGCUAUGACCUGCUAAUGGAAGAAACAGCUAGGGAGUUUCAUUUCUACUCCAACCCAAAUUUUAGAAGACGUUUUCCACAUCUGCUAAUGAAGUAUGAGCAAAGCUGUGGUCCAAAACAUCAAACACCAGCAGGACUUUUGCCAGGCACACGCUUGCACGUGCGCUGCCGGAGUAGAAAACCAGCGGUUGAGCCUGCGUGGGAAACCACUUCUGAGGGGGAGAACGGUCCGCGCUCAGCAGGUGCAAAGGGGAACACGCACACCUCUGCACGCCGGAGGACCGCACCUGCCAAGCGACGUGCCAGGGCAGCUACCCGAGCCAGAUGUGCCUCUGCGCCUGCACGCACCGCUGCUCUGACCAAUUCAGCGGGAGGCAGGGAGCAGCCGCGUCCUCUGGCCCCCUCCCUUCGGCCGCAGCACAGCAGCCCCGGCGCGGCUGGCGGCCUCAGUGCCGCUUCUGCUGCCCCUUCACCAGGUUGCACCACGCUGGCCGUGCCCAGCAGCCCCUUUCCACCAGGGCUGCCACCCCGCACCUCUCCGGCUGCAGCGAGUUGGCUAUAG